UGCACAUGUGAGAGCAUUAGGAAGCGGCGCCUCUGUGGAUGAAAAACGUGAAUAUAUUACAAUAAAUAUUAUUUUAUCAGCAGAUCAGACAUGAAGAAGAAAGACACAGCAGCAGAGGACACAACCGAGAUGAUUCCAUCAGACUUUUCUCAUGAGAAGGAGGCUGACAAGGAAUAUGAGGCUCCAAUUAAAGCCAAACGAAGCAAACCCGAGGAUGCUGGAGGGGACGAGUUGGUCUAUCACCCAGUGAAACUGUCCAGAAGUGAUCUGUACAGACCACCGACAGCAGAGGAGCUGAAUCAGCUGAAAGAAGCAGAGAGCUUGUUUCAUUGCAGCCUCCUCAAAAUGCAGAUGGAGGAGCUACUGAAAGAAGUUGUCCUGAGUGAACGAAGGAAAGGGCAAAUAGAUUUAUUCAUUCACACAGUCACAAAGCUGCUCCAGACUUUUUCAAAUUCCCAAGAAGUUGAGAUAAGUGAUCUGUCAUGGCUGUCUGGUGCAGUUCAAGUCCCUUUUAUUAUGGUCCCAAAAACAACAAAAGGAAAGUUCCACAUGGCACCUCCUGCUUCUGUGGAUCUUAUUGGCAGCUACCCUCUAGGAACCUGCACCAAACCACAUGUCAUGGUGGAUCUGGCUGUUACAAUCCCAGCUGACAUCCUCCACCCAAAGGAUGCCUUAAACCAGAGGUAUGCCCGAAAAAGGGCUCUCUACCUGGCAGGCCUGGCUGAGCAUCUCAUUUCCUCUUCUGACAUUGGAACCAUGCAUUACUCCUGUCUGCAUGGGAACCGCCUACGCCCUGUUCUGCUCCUGAGACCUCCAGGCAAAGAGUCAUCUAACUUCACUGUACGUGUUCAUGCUUGUCCACCUCCUGGAUUCUUCAAGCCAAGCCGCUUCCAUCCCCAGAGAAAUAACAUACGAACAGAGUGGUACACCGGUUUGCAGACCUCUCAGUCUGAAAGCACUGAGCCUCCUACACCACACUAUAACAGCUCUAUUCUUGGGGAUCUACUGCCCAGGGCUCACCUCCAGUUUCUUUCUGCUGUCAGUUCUCAGUGCCCAGCCUUUACAGAUGGAGUGGCUUUACUGAAAGUCUGGCUUCGUCAAAGAGAGCUUGACCAGGGCACCGGUUGUUUUAAUGGAUUCCUUGCUUCAAUGCUCAUGGCUUAUCUCCUGACGACUCACAGAAUCAGUAACACCAUGACAGCUUAUCAGUUGCUCCGAAACAGCUUGAACUUCCUGGCAUCCACAGAUCUGACAGUGAAUGGAAUUAGCUUAUCCAAAGAUUCUGAUUCUACAGCUCCAUCUCUUUCGGAGUUCCACAGUGCUUUCCAGGUUGUGUUUGUUGACCCAUCCGGGCACCUGAACAUGUGUGCUGACAUGACUGCUUGUACCUACAAACAGCUGCAGCAUGAGGCAUCAGUUUCGAUGCAGUUUUGGGACAACCCUACGGUGGAUGGGUUCCACAGCCUCCUUAUGACCCCUAAAACAAUGAUAAGGACAAGUGACCAUGUCUUCCAGUUAUGUGAGCUAGUGAAGCUUCAGUCAAGCUGUAAGAAACUGAAUCUCCUCAGUGAGCUGAUGGAUUACAGUGGAAACUAUGUCCACACAGCGCUCCCUUAUAUUCUUUCACUGCUUCAGCAAGGACUGGGCCAAAGGAUCCAUCUCCUCACCCACUCCCUCCCUCCUGACCCUGAGUGGUCUGUGGAGAGCGAAGCACCAAAGUACAAAGACCAGCCUCCUCUCUCCUUCGGUUUGCUUUUGAGGCCAGAGCUGGCAGUGUCUGUCCUGGAGAGAGGCCCGUCUGCAGACAGCCCCAAGGCGGCUGAGUUUCGACAGCUGUGGGGCUCUCGCUCUGAGCUGCGUCGUUUCCAGGACGGUGCCAUCACUGAGGCUGUGCUCUGGGACGGAGAGAAGAUCUGCCAAAAACGACUGGUCCCGAGACAGAUCAUCACACACCUGCUGCUGCUCCAUGCAGAUAUUCCUGAGUCCUGUGUGCGAUAUGUUGGGGCGAUUGUCGAUGACGUCAUCAAAAUGGAACGCAAGGUGCCUAGUACUGGAGAGGAGGAGGGUUUAUUGGUUGUGCAGUCAUUCGAUGACCUGAGUAGAAAACUUUGGAAGCUAGAAGGGUUGCCCCUCUCCAUCACAUCUGUCCAAGGAGCCCAUCCUGCACUUAGAUACACACAGGUCUUUCCACCUCUUCCUUUGAAGUUGGACUACUCAUUCUUUGACAGAGAUAAGAUUUCUCGAUCACUGAUGCCAAAGGAAGGCAAACCAUGCCCUGCUUACAUCACUCCUAUCACAGUGAUUUGUCACAUGGAGGGAAGUGGAAAGUGGCCCCAUGAUCCACUCGCCAUUCGCCACAUCCGAGCUGCGUUCCACAUCAGCCUGGGAGAAUUAUAUAAGCGUCAUAAAUAUGCAUGCAGACCCUGCUCCACACACUUGGAUGUGUGGAAGGAUGGAUUGUUGUUCCGCAUCCAGGUAGCUUACCACCGUGAGCCUCAGGUUCUGAGGGAGAGUGUGAGUCUUGGUGGGCUGCAAGUUGUGAGGGACAAUGAGGAGGCUCAGGCCUUGGAGAUGGCCACUAUACACAAGCCUCUGCUUACCAGCACGUUGCAUGGGAUCCAGCAGCAGCACACGUGCUUCGGAGCAGUGUGUCGUCUGGCCAAACGCUGGCUGGGUGCUCAGCUCUUCAGCAGCGACAUCACAGAAGACACAGCAGACCUGCUAGUGGCGUCGCUUUUCCUACAGCCUGCACCUUUCACUCCUCCAGGCUCUCCUCAGGUGGGCUUCCUUCGUUUCCUUCAUCUCCUCUCGUCCUUUGACUGGAGGAACAGCCCGCUGAUAGUCAACCUCAACAACCAGCUCUCAGUUGCCGACUAUACAGAGAUCAAGAAUGACUUCAUGGCCUCCAGAGAGUCUUUGCCUGUCAUGUUUAUUGCUACGCCUAAAGACAAAAAAAUAUCGGUGUGGACCAAGCGAGCGCCAAGUGUACAGAUGCUGCAGCGGGUAGUGAUGGUGGCUGCAGAGAGUCUUAAGGUACUGGAACAUCAGCUGAUGGACAGUAGCCAAAUCCAAGAUGUCAGGGUGGUCUUUCGUCCUCCUCUGGAUGUCUACGACGUGUUGAUUCACUUGAACCAUAAGCAGGUCCCCCUACUCAACCAGGCCGUGGAUCCACCUGCUGUCACCUUCAGCAGGGGCAUCUUAACAGACAAGUCAGGGGCCUCAUCAGGAGGGGCCUUACCCGUUGUUGACUACAACCCUGUGUCCCUCUACCUGACAGAGCUCAGAGAGGCUUUUGGAGACCUGGCUCUUUUCUUCUGCGAUCCCUACGGUGGAACAGUAAUCACUGUUUUAUGGAAACCGAAGGCCUUCACACCAAUGCCCUUCAAGACCUCACAGGCAUCCGCUCGGAGCGUGGAAGUGACUGGAGAAGUCGUAAAUACUCUUCCCAACGUUGAAGCGAUACUGGAGGACUUCAAGAUCAUUGGAAAUGGUUUGGUCAAAUCAGUGGAAGUCAGAAGUGAAAGAUGGUCUAUUUAGAUAACGCUGACAACACACAGACGCAUCUUUUUCUACAUAAACAUUACAUAUGGCAUCUGACAGUCGCAACAGAGAAGUUGCUUUGCUGUAUUCUUAUCGGAAGAGAAAAACGGGAACACGAUUGUACAUCUUGUUAACAUUGUUUUUCUGAACAUUGUAAAUCUGUGUUAAUGUAGCUGCCAUAGACCAGUCAUGUAUUUGUUUAGGUGAUGCUGUACUAUGUCUAAUAAAGACACGUCUGCCAUUUCCA